AUGGAUGCAAAUACCACCGAGAAGGUGGAAAAGAAGAGGCAGGAAUUCCUUUCAAAGGAUGCCAUUGAGGAGAUGCGCAAUUUUUCAGAUCAGACGGGUUCUCGUGUGCGCCAUGGGCUUCUUCCUCGCGAUUAUCACCAGACAGUCGAUAAGGCGCACGAGGAGAAGAUGCAUGCGUACAUCUCACCACGACGAACAUGGCGACAAAAUGUGUACGUUUUGCGCAACUUUGAGUACUGGAGACUCCGAGCGGAAUAUUACCCGUAUAUUGAGCGUAGCGAUAAGUACAGCGACAACUUUUUUAUCCGCGGGAUAUCGUGCCAUCCAAGGCUUAGCGACUACCCAGGAUGUCGGACCGUGAUUCAAGACUACUUUAUUUGCCGUGACAAAAAUAAGGUGAUGCAGUUAUUUAAUAUGUGUGCACCACUGAAGGAGCAGUUUUGUGCCUGUAUUAAUGAAGUAUUUAUCAAGAAUCAUGAACGUGGUGACAAGAAGUUCAAUGCAAACCGAAAGGAAUACUUUGAGAACCAGCGGGAAAGGCGUUUCUCCAAGAUGCUUUUGCAAGCUGAGGAGUCCGCAGAUCAACGAAAAAAACUACAGGACUAA